GUUGGUGGUAACGAUUAUGAAAUCUUCGUUGACCCAAGAACUAUUGGUCACUCUGUUCAAACUCCAGAUGACACUGUCAAGAUUUUGAACGAAAUCUUCAACUUAUAA